AUGAAGGUCCCGAGGCCAAGCGGGUCUACCCCGCAUGAGGAGGGCUUUUUUGAGGCCCGUGAAGAAGCGUAUAAAUUUAUCAUCGGAGUAUCAGGAUCGUUAUCAGUGCUAUCCUUCCUGACGAUAUGUCUCGUAGUUCCGUCAAUGUACAACCUUGUCGACAAUAUUGGGCGUUUUGGCAAGCUUGACUUUGCCUACUGCGAGAGUGCCGUGACCGACAUGGAGCAGGAGAUGAUCUCAGUUCGAGAAGCUUUCCGGCAAACGGCUGGAAAUCGGUCAACUCGUGCCGCUGGUUACGGACACUACAACCCAUCAACGUUUGCCUCAGACACACCUCAAUUCCAAGAGUGCCCAGCCUGUUGUAUUGCUGGUGAACGAGGUCCCGUCGGAGAUCCUGGCCUUCCUGCUCUCCCAGGUGCACCUGGUCCUGACGGAGCUCCCGGACGACCUGGCACCACGCCAAAUGCGUCUUGUAUUCCCGAACGAAUUUUCGAGCCACCACCAUGUGAAUGCCUGGAAUCCUGUCGACCAGGAUCAGAUGGACUUCCUGGCAAUCAAGGUGAACCUGGACCAGUUGGACCACCUGGACCUGUUGGACCUGCGGGUCCGCCCGGUGACAAGGGGGACCGCCAGGAUAAUGCCGGCGCCUGGGGGAAGAUGGCUAUGCUGGCACACCCGGUGAGAAAAGGUUGGCCUGGACCACCAGGAGCUCCAGGACCGAUGGGAUUACCUGGACCAGCAGGACCGCCUGGUGAAGAAGGACCAGCUGGUACACCUGGAACAUGUGUCUGUCAGGAUACUGAAGUGGUCAUGGCCGAUGUAAAUGGAAAAAUACCAGCACCUCGUGAGGAUUACGUUCUGUCAGCACCGAAAGCAAGAAGAAACCACAACCCAGAACCUUCAAGAAUUCUCCUUCCCGUCACUAUGGUUGAAGAGGAGUCGUACUCAAACAACGAGAAUGGCGGCUUACUACAACCGAAAGUUGAAGAAAAGGAUCCGCCGGCUCCGUCAACACUAGGCGAUCGAUAA